CCUGCCAUCAGUGCGGUGGUUGCCUUAGCGAUGGACGGGGAGCCAGAACCAAGCCCUGCCGCAGCAGAAGAGGCAGGGGAGCGGGUGGAGCCCAUGGAUGCCACUCCCUCCCCCGAGCAACAGGCCACGCCCCCCUCCGAGGAGGCUGGGGAGGAAGCUUCCAUGGUAACGGAAGAAGAUGAUGAAGCCACAAAGGAGGAGGGGGGUGCAGAGGACGAUGAUGAUGUGGUCCUCUUGGGGGUGGAGGAUCCCCAGCCUUCUGCCACAACUCCUUCCCACGACACGCCCAGCACAGCCUGCCUGGAGCCAGCUGAUGCCGCGGCGCCUGUAGACAUGUCCGCGGAGGAGGAGGAGGAGGAGGAGGCGACUCCCGUUUCUCCAGCGUCUUCCAGCACCUCCACGGCGGCAGCUCCUCCUAAAACUCCAACCCAAGAAGCAGAGCCCAUAGUGAUCGACGACGAGGAGGACUCUGAGCAGAAAGACACUUCCUCACCGGCGCUCCCCGGGGGCUCCUCAGACUCCCGCUCGCCCGGCGUCCUCGGCAGCACCGAUCCGGACUCAGAGAUCCGGAUCUCCAGCGUCACCACUCUGGGCUCGGGCAGACAGAAGGGAGGCUCAGCUGCUCCUGCAGCCAAGACCCUGACACAUGAAGCGGACGACCGGGAAGACAUGAACCUGAUGAUCACCUCGGUGACCUCACUGCAGGACGGGGGGGCAGCUGUGACGGUGGUGGGUGACGGCCAGGCGGAGGAAAACGGUCUGCAGAUCAGCAGUUCGUUCAGCCUGAUUCCUGACACCCCAUCUGGUCGCCCAACAGCCUCGUUUAACCCUGGGCGGGGCUCAGGCCCCCUGGGACAGCUGGUGCAGAAUGGAGACUCGGGGACACACAAUAGAACAGACUCGUGGAUCUCUCAGUCAGCUUCAGUUCCCCGCAACCAGAAGCAGUCGGGGGUGGACUCUCCCUCCCCGGCCUCCUCUCUUCCCAAACCUCCUGGCCAGUCUUCCUCCAACACUUCCUCCUCUGGAUCGCAGCCACAGGCCAAAACCGUCAAGGUGACCUGCGCUAACUGUAAGAAGCCUCUGAAGAAAGGACAGACGGCCUACCAGCGCAAAGGCUCCACCCACCUGUUCUGCUCCACCACCUGUCUGUCCGCCUUCUCACACAAACCCGCCCCCAAGAAGAGCUGCACCAUGUGCAAGAAGGAUAUCACAAACAUGAAGGGCACCAUCGUGGCUCAGGUCGACUCCAGCGAGGCGUUCCAGGAGUUCUGCAGCACGGGAUGCCUCGGAGCUUACGAGAACAAGCAGAACCCGCCCAAAUCAGGCCUGAAAACCAAAUGUACCGUCUGUGGCAAACUCACAGAGAUCCGUCACGAGGUCAGCUUUAAGACUGUGACCCAUAAGAUCUGCAGUGACACGUGUUUCAACGUGUACCGCCGGGCCAACGGGUUGAUCAUGAACUGCUGCGAGCAAUGUGGGGACUACCUGCCCUGCCGAUCCACAGCCAACCACUUCCUGCUGGUGGACGGCCAACAGAAACGCUUCUGCUGCCAGAACUGCAUCAGGGACUUUAAGCAGGCCAACAGUAAGCUUGCGAGCUGCCUGACGUGCAAAACGCUGAUCAAGACGGGCGAGGUGCUGCACAGCCUCGGGGCGGCCGGCACCAUGGGCUCCUACUGCUCCGUCAACUGCAUGAACAAGGGCAAGCUGGCCUCCACCUCCUUCAUCACCUCCGAGCCUACAUGUCACUUCUGUAAGAGGAACUCGUUACCGCAGUAUCAGGCCACGCUGCCAGAGGGAAACAUCUUGAACUUCUGCAGCUCGCAGUGUGUCACCAAGUUCCAGAACACCACCCUACAAACAGCCACCAACGGACAGACAGCGAUCACCACCAGAAACAACAGCGUGCAGCUGAAGUGUAACUACUGCCGAGGAGCGUUCAGCCUGAGGCCCGAAGUUCUGGACUGGGAGGAAAAGGUGUACCAGUUCUGCAGUAAGACGUGCUGCGAGGACUACAAGAAGCUGCACUGCAUCGUGACGUUCUGCGAGUACUGCCAGGAGGAGAAGACGCUGCAUGAAAUGGUCAAGUUCUCCGGAGUCAAGAGACCCUUCUGCAGUGAAGGCUGCAAGCUGUUAUUUAAGCAGGAUUUCAUCAAGCGGUUGGGUCUGAAGUGUGUGAGCUGUAACCACUGCAGCCAGCUCUGCAAGAGGGGUUUGACCCGGCAGCUCGGAGGCAUGACCCGAGACUUCUGCAGCGAGACCUGCUCCAAGAAGUUCCACGACUGGUACCACAAGGCGGCGAGGUGUGACUGCUGUAAGGUGCAGGGCAACCUGACGGAGUCCGUGAUGUGGAGGGAAGAGAUGAAGCAGUUCUGCGAUCAGGACUGUCUGCUGAAGUUCUACCUGCAACAGAACGACCCCAUCAUGGUCACACAGAAAGGCCCCGAGAACUGCACCAUGGCGCAAGGGGCUAAACUUGGGAUGGUGAAUCAGGGAACUGUGGCGUACGCUGGCGGAGGUUUGAUGAGAGACGUGAAGAACAAGGCCGUGCUCUGCAAGCCGCUCACGCUCACCAAGGCUACGUACUGCAAACCGCACAUGCAGAGCAAGCUCCUACAGACAGAUGUAGACGACGGUGUGAAGAGGGAGUAUAUUCCUGUACCGAUACCUGUGCCUGUCUUCAUCCCCGUACCCAUGAAUAUGUAUUCCCAGCUCACCCCCACCCCAAUCUCUCUGCCUGUACCGGUUCCUGUGCCUGUGUUCCUGCCCACCACCCUGCAGGGGGCGGAGCAGAUCAUCCAGACCAUCAAAGAUCUGAAACGAGAGGCCCCCUCAGACCCUCUGGAGGCUGACAUGCUCUCUGAGGCCGAGGAGAUUUCAGACGACAAGAAGCCAGACGUGACGCUGGUGAAGGUGAAGAGCGAGCUUCUAGGGAAGAAGGCCUCCAGAAGCAGCUCUGAGGAGGAGAAGGAGAAGGAGGAGGAGGAAGAGGAGGAGAAGGAGGAGGAGGAGGAGAAGGAGGAGAAGGAGAAGGAGGUGGAGAAGGAGGAGGUGGAGGAGAAGGUGGAUAAGGAGGAAGAAAAGGAGGAGGAGGAGGAGGAGGAGAAGGAGAAAGAAAAGGAAAAGGGGGAGGGGAAAGAGGACGAAAAGGAGGAUAAAAAGGAACAACAGGAUGAGGAGGAGGACAAGUACGAGUCUGACCUGGACCUGGAGGCAGACUUUCCUCAAGCCUCAGAGCCUGUUCCAGUCCUGGAGGGAAUGGACGAGGACAUGGGCUUCUCUCUACCUCCGGUCCUGGCUGAGGAGAAGGAGGAGGAGUCUGCACCUCGACCGCAGCCCAGGAGACAAGGGAACAAGAAGCAGGCGGUGGAGGAUGGCUCAGAUUUGGCCUCUUCUUCCUCGUCUUCCUCUCCAGCACACAGACUGUCGGGACGGUCGGUGCCUCUCAAAGCUCGAUACGGCGUCAACGCCUGGAAACGCUGGGCGCUGUCUCCUGACCAAUCAGACGACACCAAAGUAAAGGACAGCUCCAAACCAGCUCCUGCAGGUCGGUCUAAAAGCAACCUGCUGUCUCUGAGCUCGGAGGAGCUGAACGCCGCUCUAUCCCGGUUUGUGAAGGAGGUCUGCCGGCCGGGCGGGGAGCGCUACUCUCCAGACAGCAUCUUCUACCUCUGCCUGGGGAUCCAGCAGCAUCUUCACUCCAAAGGCCGGAAGGAUGACCUGUUCAGCGACCCGGGCUACCGGCAGUUCGGAGAAGAGCUCAACAAGGUCCUGAAGGACUGGCAGCCCAGCGUGCUCCCUGAUGGCUCUCUGUGGGGCCGGGUGGAGGAGCAGAGUCUGUGGAGCAGCCGGCAGCUCGGGCAGCAGGGUCCGGACGCCCUGCUGCGCUCGCUGGUUUACCUCAACACCAAACACUUCGGGCUGCGCACCGUGGAGCAGCACCUCCGCCUGUCCUUCGCCAACGUCUACGGCCCUGACACCGUGCAUCCUGUCACCAAGGAGACUACCGUCUGCAUCCGCGUGCCUUCCCUCUCUCAGGAUGACAGCGUGCAAACAGAGUCGAGGAAGAGGAAGCGUAGCUCAGAGGACGGCGAUCAGGACUUUGAAGCAGACGAAGACUCGGGAGGCUCGUCCGCUCGCUGCCCGGUGAAGAAGAACGAGUGUCUCCUGUACGACUUCUACAGAUCCAAGUGCCCGUCGUUGUUGCGGGAGCGUCUCGACGUCUUCUAUGUUCAGCCGGAUCCGUCCUGCGGUCCCGAUGACCCCCUGUGGUUCAGCUCCACGCCGCUGGAGAGACAGAUCCUGGAGAGCCUCCUCGCCAGAGUGCUCCUGGUCAGAGACGUUUACACAGACACACCCCAAGAAGAAGAGGAGGAUGGGGGAGAAGCAGCUGGGGCAGAGUAGCAGCCUUUUUGACUUCAUGCUUGCUGACCCUGAACACUCAGUGGAGGAGGACGCAGGGGGAAGCUAGUAGAGUGUGUGUGCUUUUCCUGCGUUUCCCCCUCUCCCCUCACAUGCUGUUUCCUCCUGGUGAGGGGCGUCCACAACCGAGAACUUGAGGAGAGGGUGAUGAAGAGCAGCCCGAACUAUCGGAUAGAUUCCCAAAUAGAGAGGAGAAACACAGCCACAAAUGAGUCCUGAUGUGUGAACUAAGUGGGAUUAUGGGAGGAGCUAUAAUUUGUUCUCAUAGCGUAUCAACGGUUAUCAUAUUUAAAAAGUUAGUAUGUGAAGUUGAAUGCCCAGCGUGCUUAUAGUGCUCAAACAUCAGCUUAACUGUAUUUAAACAGAACUGUGAGACAUGUUAUCAGCAGGGAUGUAAUGAAUCAAUUGUCUUCUGUCCUCUGUGGAGUGAAGAGCUUUAGAGUUAUUUUUUACAAAGAGUUGACGGGCAGAGUAAAGCUCUGGGUUACACCAGAGCUAGUGCCCAGUAUGAGCUGAUGGGAGAGGGCAAGACUGGAGAAGAGUCUACUAAAGCGUGCCGAUUAAAACUCCAUCCUGGAUGCAUCAGGAGCUCAGUUUGUACAAAGAUAGACGUGCAGGUAGGAUUGUCUGGGCCAUUAUUUACGACUGUUCCCAUUUCAGCAGCUCACCAUGCCACAUUAACUGAUGCUCUAUAUUUCCAAUUUCUAUUUUAAUAAAGGAUGAUAAAACACCAAA